GCGGGAUCACUGACUACCUCCGACUUUAAGUUCUAUAAUUAUAUCUAUACCAAAACCAAUACCAGAGAAUGGCUGAUGUUGCUAUAAGCGCUAAGAAACUGGAGCAGCGCCACAAAAACACUGCUGAACUUUCGUCGUAUACUAAUGAGCUCAUUGACAUGCUGGAUUCUGGAGAGGCUGUCGUCAGCGAAGUGCAGAAACUGUCGGAUACAACCACCAAAGUUGCUGAUAAAAUCAGUAAAGCAAAGAAGGCUACAGCCUCCACUAAGCAGUUGCUUGAUGAAACUGUUUCUCAGAUUCAAAAGAACAAUUCUGGGAUGCGCCAAGAGUUACAAAAUCAUUUAAAACCAAUUGGAACAGAUAUACCCUCUUUUAAACUGAAAAUAGAUGAUAUUAAACAAAAGGUUCGCCAGAAAGAGAGACAUUGUGAAGAUCUGAAACGCGAACACAGAAGAGUGAAGAAUAGCAAAGUGCAGCGAAGAUUGCAAAGGGCUAUUGUCAACAUGAAUUUUGAUUUGUUGUCAACGGAGCAGAAUAUUAGAGGCUAUAUCAAAAGUGGAAGCUCAAGUGAUGACCUCCAGACAUUUGAAAUCGACUUCUCAAAAGAAAGUCCAUGUGAAGUAUCUGAUAGACUAUGGGACUUAGCAUGCUAAUGUUGAGUGUUGAGUUUUUACUUCUUUCUUGUGCUUUUUGUGCUCUUACCUUAUAGUUAUAAUUAUAUUAUUAUACAUGCAGUCUACCUUAUAAUUAUGGCUAUUCCUUGAGGUGUGGUCAAUUGAGCCCUGUUUCCUGUCUUUCCUAGCACUAUUGUAUUUGCAUAUCUAGUUGGUACUCAUUCAGAUAUGGAAUUGGUAGAAGUUUGUAGAGAUAGCCAGACCAAAGCAGUUGUGAACUUGCAUGGGGCUACAUUACAGUCAUGGAUAAACAAUGGAGAAGAGAUGAUAUUUGUUAGCAAAGACGCUGUAUUUAACAACGUCAAGGCAAUCAGGGGAGGAAUACCUGUUGUGUUCCCAUGCUUUGGAGCGUGGGACAUGGGCCCACAACACGGGUUUGCAAGGACAUCUAAAUGGACAUGCUCGAAGCCUCCAUUUAUGGAUGAAAGUGGUAAUGCAGUGGCAACAUUCACACUAGUGGAUACCGAAGACACUAGGAAAAUGUGGAAUGGUAACAAGUUUGAAGUCAACUACACCGUUGUCGUUAAAACUGACUGCUUAGUGACUAAGUUUACAGUUUGUAACCAAAACAGUAUGGAAUCGUUUGACUUCACAUGCCUGCUUCACACUUAUUUUCUACUCCCGGACGUCUCCAAGACAACCAUUUCUGGGCUUGGUGGACUACUGUAUGUUGAUAAGACUGAUGGUGGCAAAGAGAAGACAGAGGAAAGUGAUCCAAAGACGAUCUCCCAGUUUACUGACAGUGUUUACAAAAAUGCUUCCAAAGAUCAUCUCUUAACAAAUGUGGCUGGAGGGAGAACAAUUAAUAUCAAGAAGAUGAAUUUCCCUGAUACUGUGGUUUGGAAUCCUUGGGCUGAGAAAGCGAAGGCAAUGGCAGAUUUUGGCGAUGAUCAGUAUCGCAACAUGGUGUGAGGCAGGACAUGUAUCUCAUCCAGUUAGUCUAAAAGCUGGAGAGACUUACACCGCCUCCCAAGAGUUAAAGGUGCUUUGACUACUUAUAACUUAUUCAACAUUUUUCACAGUAUAGUAAUAGUUUAUGCAUAUCUUGAAUUUGUAUAUGCAAAAUUAAUUUUGAUUGGGUUACAAAAUUAAUGUUAUGUUCACAUUAUCUAA